AUGUCUGACAAGCUCACCCGUAUCGCGAUCAUCAACAGUGACAAGAAAUGUCGUCAAGAGUGCAAGAAGGCUUGUCCCGUGGUCCGCACGGGAAAGCUUUGCAUUGAAGUUGACCCUACCUCCAAGAUUGCCUUCAUCUCCGAGCGAUUGUGUAUUGGUUGUGGUAUCUGUCCCAAGAAGUGCCCGUUCGGUGCCAUUCACAUUAUCAACUUGCCCACCAACUUGGAGACCCAAGUCACCCACCGUUACUCGGCCAACAGCUUCAAGCUUCAUCGCCUUCCCAUGCCCCGCCCCGGACAGGUGCUCGGUCUUGUUGGAACUAACGGUAUCGGAAAGAGUACCGCGUUGAAGAUUCUCAGUGGAAAGUUGAAGCCCAACUUGGGUCGCUACGAAAACCCUCCCGACUGGGAGGAGAUCCUGAAGUACUUCCGUGGUUCCGACUUGCAGAACUACUUCACCAAGGUCCUCGAGGACAACUUGAAGGCGGUCGUGAAGCCUCAGUAUGUCGAUCAGAUUCCCCGCGCUGUCAAGGGACCCGUCCAGCAGGUGCACGACCUUAUCAAGGCGCGUGUUGCGCUCGAUAACGAGGAUGAGAUCAUGGAUGUUCUUGAGUUGAGACAGGUCGCGGACCGUGAAAUCAGUCAUCUUUCCGGUGGUGAGCUUCAACGUUUCGCCAUUGGUCUCGUUUGUGUGCAGAAGGCCGACGUUUACAUGUUCGACGAGCCUUCCUCAUAUCUCGAUGUCAAGCAGCGUCUGGCCGCUGCCCGUACCAUCCGCAGCCUUCUCCGCCCCGACGACUACGUCAUUGUUGUUGAGCACGAUUUGUCUGUGCUUGAUUACCUUUCUGACUUCAUUUGCGUGUUGUACGGUCGUCCCGCUGUUUACGGUGUUGUGACUCUGCCCUCCUCCGUCCGUGAAGGUAUCAACAUCUUCUUGGAUGGUCACAUUCCCACCGAGAACUUGCGAUUCCGUGAGGAAUCAUUGACUUUCCGUCUUGCCGAGGCUGGUGAGGAGUUCAUUGCGGACAAGGAUCGUGCCUUUGCCUACCCCACCAUGGAGAAGACCAUGGGCAAUUUCCACCUCAAGGUUGAGGCCGGAAAGUUCACCGAUUCCGAGAUUGUCGUCAUGAUGGGUGAGAACGGUACCGGAAAGACUACUUUCUGUAAGAUGCUUGCUGGUGCUUUGAAGCCCGAUGGCACCGUCAGCGUUCCCAAGAUGAGCAUCAGUAUGAAGCCCCAGAAGAUCACUCCCAAGUUCACUGGUACCGUUCGUCAGCUCUUCUUCAAGCGUAUCAAGACCGCUUUCUUGUCUCCUCAGUUCCAGACCGAUGUCUACAAGCCCUUGAAGAUGGACGAUUUCAUCGACCAGGAAGUCCAGAACCUGUCUGGUGGUGAGUUGCAGCGUGUUGCCAUUGUGCUCGCCCUGGGUAUGCCCGCCGAUAUCUACCUGAUUGACGAGCCCUCUGCCUACCUGGACUCUGAGCAGCGUAUCGUUGCUGCCCGUGUCAUCAAGCGUUUCAUCAUGCACACCAAGAAGACCGCCUUCAUCGUCGAGCACGAUUUCAUCAUGGCUACCUACCUGGCUGACCGUGUCAUUGUCUUCGACGGACAGCCUUCCGUUGAUGCCCGCGCCCAGGCCCCCGAGUCCCUGGUCGGAGGUUGCAACCGCUUCCUGAAGAGCUUGGACGUCACCUUCCGUCGUGACCCCAACAGUUACCGUCCCCGUAUCAACAAGUACAACAGUCAGAUGGACCAGGAACAGAAGUUGGCCGGCAACUUCUACUUCUUGGAGGAAGAGAACUGA